AUGCCUGCCCGAACACUACCCGUCUUUACCGCAGAGGAGAUCAAGCAGCAUACGUCUGCGAAGUCCUGCUUUGUUCUUCGUGGCUCGAAGGUUUACGAUGUCACCUCCUUUGUCGAUAACCAUCCCGGUGGCGGCGACCUGAUACUCGACUAUGCCGGCAAGGACGUUGAUGAGAUCAUGGACGACAUUGUCUCGCACCACCAUAGCGAGGCCGCAUACGAGAUCUUAGAUGAAUGUCUUGUCGGCUUCCUCGAGGAGCACACCGCAAACGGAUCAAAGCGUCUUCCGAAUGGCUCAGGCCCUAAGCCUUCGAAACCAGUCUACAAAUCGACCGGUCUCUCCAGCGAGGAAGAUCUCAACGUCGAAACGGACAUUGCGUCUGACUAUAAAACACACAAGUUUCUUGAUCUUAGCAAACCCUUGCUGGUGCAGCUCUGGAACGGCGGGUUUUCCAAGGACUUUUACCUCGACCAAGUCCACCGGCCACGGCACUACAUGGGAGGUGAUUCUGCACCCCUGUUCGGAAACUUUCUAGAACCACUCAGCAAGACUGCCUGGUGGGUAGUGCCAACUAUGUGGCUGCCAUGCGUUGCAUAUGGGACGUUCUUAGGCUUGAGCGGUAUGGCAGUUGGCACCGGUUCCAUGUACUGGCUAGGAGGCCUUUUCCUGUGGUCAUUGAUUGAAUAUGGCAUGCACCGGUGUCUCUUCCACGUAGACGACUACCUCCCGGACAACCGAGUUGCUUUGUGCCUCCAUUUCCUACUUCACGGCAUUCAUCACUAUCUUCCCAUGGAUAAAUACCGCCUCGUCAUGCCGCCUACGCUGUUCGUAGUCCUAGCUACCCCGUAUUGGAAACUCGCGCACUUCGUUUUCUCUUAUAAUUGGUAUGCGGGUACCUUGGUCUUCUGUGGUGGUGUAUUUGGAUACAUCUGCUACGACUUGACUCACUACUUCCUACAUCACCGAAAUCUCCCAUACUACUACAAGGAACUAAAGAAGUACCACCUCCAACACCAUUUUGCCGAUUACGAGAACGGAUUCGGCGUCACCAGCCGGUUCUGGGACAAGGUGUUUGGCACCGAACUCCCACCUCUCGCCCCCGCAAAGAUCGAGUAG